CACAUCAGUAGUGCAAGUAGUAUAGGACUUUUUUAACUACUCUCAUAUCAUAAUGGACAGCUUCUACAUAGUCCUUUUCGGGGCACUGGCCAUCGGUGCCACAUACAUGGAAUAUUCUAACCAUCGUAAAUCCGCGACAACGGAGAGUAAGCUUUUCAACUUCUCUUCCUCGUUCUUGACAUUCCGUAAUAACUAUAUCGUCGUAUAUUCGCUGAUGAUGGCCGGAGAUUGGCUCCAAGGUCCCUACGUUUAUGCUCUUUACAGCUACUAUGGAUACUCCAAAGGUGACAUUGGCCGUUUGUUUAUAGCUGGUUUUGGAUCUUCACUCAUUGUGGGGACCUUUGUAGGCUCUUUGGCCGAUAAAGUGGGUCGGAAAAAAAUUGCACUGGUGUACUGUGCAACAUACAUCGCGUCCUGCGUGACAAAGCACUGGUCCAACUACCAUGUGCUUAUGCUGGGUCGUUUCUUUGGCGGUAUCGCAACGUCCCUAUUAUUCUCAGUCUUUGAGUCAUGGUUGGUCGCUGAACACUUUUCACGUGGAUUUGAAGCCUCCUGGUUAGGCUCCACGUUCUCGAAGGCUGUAUUCUACGGUAAUGGGUUGGUUGCCAUAGCUGCAGGUGUGUUAGCGAACUACCUGGUGCGCGAUAUGGAUUUUGGACCUGUAGCUCCCUUCGACGCCGCGAUCGUAUUCUUGACACUGGGUGCUGGUCUAAUUACGUUUACUUGGAAUGAGAACCAUGGAGAUAAGACGGAAAAUAAUCAGCAAACCUUUUCAGCGAGCUUCCAGGUUGCUGUCGACGAGAUCAGGAACGACACAAAGAUUUUCCUGCUGGGAUGCAUGCAAGCUCUGUUCGAGGGAGCUAUGUAUACUUUUGUGUUUCUCUGGACACCUGCCCUUGCUCCUACAAAUGAGGAUAUUCCACACGGCUUCAUUUUCUCCACUAUGAUGGUGGCCUGCAUGUUGGGAAGUGCGUAUGCGGGUAGGUUGCUAGCCGAGGAACACAAACCCGAGGUGUACAUGAAGAGCGUUUUCGGUGUCUCAGCAGCUGCGAUGAUCGUGCCCGUAUUAGCACCAUUCUUGCUUGGUUCCAUGGCUCUAGGUAACCCCAGAGGGCUCACGGUCAGUGGUUUCGGACAGUUGCUAGCUUUUUGCGUAUUCGAAAUGUGCGUGGGUAUGUUUUGGCCCAGUUUCAUGCAGAUGCGCUCCAAGUACGUGCCCGAGGAACAUCGAUCCACCAUCAUCAACAUCUUCCGUAUACCGCUCAAUUUGUUUGUAUGCACUAUCUUAUACAACGUAGAUGCUUUCGAGACUUCUAGCCUGUUCUUCAUGUGCUUUGCCUUCUUAGUUGGCGCAAUGCUGUGCAUGAUCAAAUUCGAAAACAUGACGACUGUCAACGCCAUUGUUUAAAGCAACGGCGAAAUACAUUCCUUAAAUAAUCAGUGUGAAUCGUAUUGGGCUAUAGCGUAUACUUGGGGGGGAGACUUAUCAGCGUAAAUAAUCCAUGCACAUCAGUAUAUUGAAAUUUAACUGAGGCGGGCUUUGAAAUGGCUUUAAAGGAGUCUUCUCUCAUUACAAGCUUCAGCUACGAAUAAAUGCCAACGUGCAAUAAAGUAAGCAACAAAUGGUUUUUCAUAGAAAA